CGCCCCCACUGUCUCUGAGCACCUAAAACCCUCGAGCCGUCAUGUCGCUCUCCACUGUCCACCACGCCGCCGCCGCCGCCGGCGGGUCGGGGAAAUCCUUUUCCCCGGCCGCUGCGACGGUGCGCCUGCCGAGGAGACGGCUUCCUGGCGCUGCCGCGGUGUCCGCGGCGACUGUGGAGGCGGACCCGGCGGCGGACAGGGUCGCGGCGCUGAGUCAGGUGUCCGGCGUGCUGGGGUCGCAGUGGGGUGACGAGGGAAAGGGGAAGCUCGUCGACGUGCUCGCCCCCCGGUUCGACAUCGUCGCGCGGUGCCAGGGUGGAGCAAAUGCUGGACACACCAUUUACAAUUCUGAAGGAAAGAAAUUUGCUCUCCAUCUUGUUCCAUCUGGUAUUCUCCAUGAAGGAACAUUAUGUGUUGUUGGCAAUGGAGCGGUGAUCCACGUUCCAGGGUUUUUUAAUGAAAUUGAUGGGCUUGGAUCCAAUGGAGUCAACUGCGAUGGAAGAAUAUUGGUCUCUGACCGGGCACAUCUACUCUUUGACCUGCAUCAGGCUGUAGAUGGUCUUAGGGAAGCUGAGCUUGCUAAUUCCUUCAUAGGGACGACUAAGAGAGGCAUUGGACCAUGUUAUUCCAGCAAGGUCACUCGAAACGGGUUGCGAGUCUGUGAUCUAAGGCACAUGGACACUUUUGGGGAUAAGCUUGAUGUCUUAUUCAAAGAUGCUGCUUCAAGGUUUGAAGGCUUCGAGUACAGCAAAAGCAUGCUCAAGGAAGAGGUUGAGAGGUACAAAAAAUUUGCAGAGCGCUUGGAGCCUUUCAUUGCUGAUACAGUUCAUGUGUUGAAUGAAGCUAUCCAACAGAAGAAGAAAAUUCUGGUUGAAGGUGGUCAAGCAACUAUGUUGGAUAUCGAUUUUGGAACUUACCCAUUUGUGACUUCUUCCAGCCCUUCAGCUGGUGGAAUAUGCACUGGCCUUGGGAUUGCCCCCAGGUGCAUAGGUGACCUGAUCGGAGUGGUAAAAGCUUAUACAACAAGGGUUGGCUCUGGGCCUUUUCCAACUGAACUGUUUGGAGAGGAAGGCGGUCUGCUUAGGAAGGCAGGAAUGGAAUUUGGGACAACAACUGGCCGCCCAAGGCGUUGUGGCUGGCUUGACAUUGUUGCACUAAAGUACUGCUGUGAUAUCAAUGGGUUUUCAUCUCUUAAUCUAACCAAACUUGAUGUUCUGUCUGGAUUACCAGAAAUUAAGUUGGGUGUUUCUUAUAACAAACCUGAUGGGCAGAAGCUGCAAUCCUUCCCAGGGGAUCUUGAUACCCUCGAGCAAGUACAGGUCAACUACGAGGUGUUGCCUGGGUGGCAAAGUGACAUUUCAUCUGUUCGGAGUUACAGUGAACUUCCCCUAGCUGCCCAACGCUACGUGGAGAGGAUAGAAGAGCUCGUUGGCGUUCCAGUUCACUACAUUGGUGUUGGACCUGGGAGGGAUGCUCUGAUAUACAAGUAAAAGCAACUCCAUUUGGUCAUCAUUUGAACCAAAAAAGUUCUGCCCUAACUUGUCCUUGAGCAACGCUCAUCAGCAUUGCUGUUAUUUCGUCGGUAGCUGUAAUACAUUGGAAAAGCUACUGACUGGUAAUGUGAUGCAAUGCCUGCAAUAAUUCUGAGAAAUCUUCCAAGAUAUCAGCAUAAUAUGCAAUAAUUUUGGGUUGCUUUAUA